AUGGAAGAAAUGAUAAUAGAUGAUCCAUGGAACAUCGAUCUUACUAUACAUCACCGUCUAUUACAACCAGCUGAACAUUGUUACAAACAACUUGAAUGUAACGUUGUUUCGAUUAUCAAUGACGACAUCAUGUGCAUGCUUACAAUGCUUGAUCGAUGUUAUCAAUACUAUCAGGGACAGCAAACAGAACUGACCUCUGUUAACUGGUUCGCACGACGAUAUCGAUCUCAGGAUGCCGUCCACUGGUUCACAAAAGAUAUUUUUCUCUAUCGAUUUGUCAACAAGAUAUUUCGUACAGGCGAUCUAGAAAUGUUUCAUAAUAUACGUUUCGACAUUACUCAUUUGAGUUUACAACUCAUGCAGUUAAAACAUAAACAACAAGGAGUCAUGAAAGGGAUUACUAUUGUGUAUUAUGAACUUCGACAAUCGGAACAAGAGCUCGAUAUAUUAUGA